AUGAUUUAUAAUCAUUUAACAUUACCAAUUCAUCCUGUUAUUCAAGUACCAAAUCAAUUAGUCGGUGCACCACUUGGUACUGAUGUUCAAAUUGAAUGUCACGUAGAGGCUUCACCAAAAUCAAUUAACUACUGGAUUAAGGACACUGGUGAAAUGAUAGUAUCAUCAUCCAAAUAUCACGUACAGGAAAACUCUAAAUCAAUGUAUGAGACCAAAAUGACACUGAUUGUACGGAAAUUCCAAAAAGAGGAUGUGGGCUCGUAUCGUUGUAUUGCCAAAAAUUCACUAGGAGAAGUGGACAGCAGCAUAAGACUUUAUGAAAUCCCUGGACCAAGUCGUAAAACGCCAGUUAAUAAACAUGGCAGUAACGCAGAUGCCGACACCAAUGACAUUUUAAAACAAAAACAAUUACGCGUCACAUAUCAACCUGAUGAUGAAGAUCUUUAUGGCUCGGCGGAGGAUUUUGAUGACAGCGAUUUACCAUUGCCACCCUUAACGCCAAAUGUUUAUUACACCUCAGGAGGAGGAGGAGGAGGUGGAGGUGGUGCGGGAGGCUCUGCCAAUAAUGCUGCAAACUCCAACAGUCACCAUCAUAAACACGGUACUCAUAAACCUCACAGCCUGGAUUCUGUUAAUGGUGGACGACAUCACUACAACACCAUGGGUAACUCGUUCGAGUUUGGUGCAAAUGGUGUUGGUGGUGGUAUUAAUGGCCUACCUGGUGUUAUAAGUAACAGCAAUGUUGUUACGCGUAAACCCACAUAUUAUAGUAAAACGGAAGUUCGUAGUGGUGCCAUGGACAAUAAUGACAUCACAUCGUCUGCACCAGCCUCCGGCCGUUUAUAUCAUCAGCCAGUGCAAAAAUUGUCUAUAGCUUUGGCUGACUGGCCUUUAUGGUGUUGCCAUUGUUGUUGCUUUUCAUUUUGGUCUUUUCAACGUCAUUGGCCGUAUUUAAUAGUUUUAUUGUCAGUAUUGUACAGUUUAAUCACAACAUUUUGUUGGAAUUUAUUAUAAUACACAACAACUACAACAGCAAGAGCAGCAGCAGCAGCAACAAUUGCAAAAGCACCAGCAAUAACAGCAACUACAACAACGACGACAAUACCAUCAACUAUGUCAACAACAUCGACAAUGUACAGUUUUGCACCGCAGUGAGAAAAAUAAAUAAAAAUCCAAAACAAAAAAAAAUGAGAAAAAUAAAAGUUAUAUAGUAAAAUAAACUUUACGUAGAACGUAAAGUUGCAAAUUACAAAAAUAAAAAGAUAAAUAAAAUGAAAUAUUGAUAAAAAUAAAUAAAGCCGCAUAUUUUAUAACUUCCCUCUGAACAGUAAAAAUAAACUCAAGUUAAAC